UAAAAAAUAUCUCGGCUUCCAUUGGCGUUAAAAGACGUGAUCUCCACCACACUUUGCGAACAAUUUAUUUCCCAAUAAAUUUGUUCUCACUACGCUCGGGAGAAUUGCCCGAGCAAAAACUCUCUGCAGAGCAAUGGCUGCCGCGGCUUUUACUGGACAGGCUAUUUUCAGGCCGAAUUUAAAAUCUUGCUUUCUAAUGCAGCAUAGUUGCAAGCUGAAUCUGAGCUCCGUCUGGCAGGUUCCAGUUUCGAAUCACGCAGAAUGCAAUCCUCCUGAGACUCUCGCCAGGCCACUGAUUUUCACGUCACCGUCGCGAGCCAAAUUUUCCGUGUAUGCUUCCCGAAAUUCAGACAUUAAGACUAGUGACGAUGAGUUGAAUUUAGAGGAAAAUUCAGAUGAUGUAAAUAAUUUGGAGGAGAAAAGGGAGAUGCAGAGAAAGAAGUCUGAAUUGGAAGAGCUUGGGGAGGGUUUUGUUGGGAGUGUUAAACCUUUAAUUAGGGUUCUGAACGGGAGUACAAGCUUUAUGCCUGCAAGGAAAAGUUCGUUGAAGUCGUUUCUGAAUACGUUUGUGCGGACAAUGUCUGGCUCGGCGUGGACGGCAAGCAGUAAAGCCGAAUUUGGCAAGAGAUUUAGAGAGGUGGAAGCCGAUUUCUUGAAGUUUACUAGUUUCAUUGAAAAGUUUCUGGCGAUUAUGCUGGCCAAUGGAGCUAUUCUAGCUAUUGCAUUUAGAAUCUCAGAUGGGAAUAGUCAGCUGGAUACAUUGAUUUGGUCUAGCUGGUUUGCUGUAGUAUUCGGGGGAACAAUGAUAUGGGCAAAUCAGGUUCUUGAAUACCGUUGCAAGUCUGGGCCACAGAAUGUUGUCAUAACUGGGAGCACUCGAGGCCUUGGGAAAGCACUUGCCAGAGAAUUCAUUUUUUCUGGGGAUCAUGUGGUUAUUGCCUCACGCAGCCCUGAUUCAGUGAGGACAACUGUAGCACAGCUUCAACAAGAGCUUAAUGAAGGAAUAGCAAUAUCAAGUACUCGGACUCCUGAAACUCAGAAAAGGAAAGGCAAGGUGUUUGGAAUAUCAUGUGAUGUUUCUAAUGCCGAGGAUGUUAAAAAGCUAGCUGAAUUUGCUGUCAGUAAGCUUGGCUCUAUAGAUAUCUGGAUAAAUAAUGCUGGAACCAACAAGGGAUUUAGACCACUUAUGCAGUUUACAGAUGAAGACAUUAAUCAGAUUGUCUCUACAAAUCUUAUUGGUUCUUUAAUAUGCACAAGAGAGGCCAUUCGACUCAUGAAAUCGCAGGAAAAAGGAGGCCAUAUAUUCAACAUGGAUGGUGCAGGAUCUGGUGGUUCGAGUACGCCAUUGACUGCAGUAUAUGGGGCAACUAAGUGUGGAUUAAGACAGCUUCAUGCAUCCUUGUUGAAGGAAUGUAAGAGAUCCAAAGUAGGAAUUCAUACAGCAUCUCCUGGCAUGGUUCUUACGGAUCUGCUUCUAAGUGGUGCAUCACUUCAAAAUAAGAAAAUGUUUAACAUAAUUUGUGAGCUUCCCGAGACAGUUGCAAGGUCAUUGGUUCCUAGAAUGCGGACUGUGAAAGGCACCGGUAAAGCAGUUGAUUACUUGACACCUCCAAGAAUUCUACUUGCUCUAAUCACUGCUUGGCUUCGACGAGAUCGAUGGUUUGAUGAGAAGGGAAAAGCACUAUAUGCAGCAGAGACAGAUCGAGUCCGAAUAUGGGCAGAAAGUCGUGCAAGGUUUACAUUCAACGAUGCUAUGGAUCUCUACUCAAAUGGUUCCUGGGUUUCUGUUUUCUCUUUCUCAAUUGUAUUUUCGUUCAUUAUUCUAUCUAGCUCUGGGGGCAGUAUGUCAGGGACCUAACAGCAAAUGGACAAGAAAUAGCACGAAUUCACAAUUCAGUGCAGAAGCUGCUAACAAAAUUAAUUAUCUCCAUUCCUUCAUAUGGAUUAUUUACCAGUUGAAAGAUGCACAUCAAUCAUUAUUGUAGAAAUAUAUCUGGGAUUAAUGAAUUUCUAUCUCAGAUUCAGAUGUAAUGUUUUAUUUAAUUUUAUCAGGAAUACAAGCUAUUUAGUUAUUGUUAGUUGUGUUCAUUUGCCUUGGGGUGAAUGAUUUGCCCUUCGUGUGUAAUGUAGAGCAGUACAAUAACGAUUAUAAGGACUCCUGAGUUAUUUUUAACUUUCAUUGAAUUAUACUUAUGUUUUCGUUAAAUAUCA